UAUUGAUUGUUUGUAUAUACACAGAAUAGAUUUAAUAUUUGUCCACCAGAUGAUGUGUGGGCUAGAAAGAACUUUGAAAUACGAGGUGCAACAGUCAUGAAAAAUAAUUUAAACAAGGUUCAUAGCUCAAUGACCAGACCAAGGUGGAUUGGUCAGGAUGUUUGGAAUUCUUUAUGUGAUCAUUGGGGAACUCAAGGAUUCAAAAAGAAGAGCAUACAAGCAAAAACAAAUCGAGCAUCUGACUGUGGAGGUUUUGGAGGGUCUCUUCACACCUGUGGCUCUAUCACUAUAUCCCAACAUAGAGUUAAUUUGACGAAUUUGAAUGGCAUUCCUCCUAGUCAUUCAGAUUUGUUUCUCCACACACAUAAACGUGGCAAGGAUAAAACUUGGGUUGAUAAAAGAUCGGAAUAUGUUCAUGAAAAAUUUAAACGUAGGUUUGAAGAAUUGACCCAAGAAACAACUUCACAAGGAACUCCUCCACCAAAUGAAUUAGAUGUGUGGUGUGAGGUUGCUGGAAUAAAAAGAGGACGAGUAUAUGGUCUCGGAAUGGAAUCUACUGUAUUAUUAGGGAGACCUAAUUAUCGUGGAUCAUGUUCUUCAUCAACAGAGUGGGUUCAAAGACAUGAAUUUGAAGAAAUGAGAAAUGAAAGAGAUCAACUUCGAGAGGAAUUGGCUAAUACAAACAGAGCAGUUGAGCGCAACAACUACUUGAUAAAGCAACUGAUGAAUAGCUUGAACUUUAAACCCAUGCCAUAUACUACAGAUCAAAUUCAUGAAGAUGGGGUUAGUGAUAAUGAUAAUGAGAUUGGUGAUCAUGAUGCUGGUGAUUUUGAUGAUGAGAUUGCUGAUAAUGAUGCUCGUGAUCAUGAUGGUGAAGAGUUAGAUGGAUAGUGAUAAGUUAAUUAAUUAUAUGUUGCAAUUUGUUAUGACUAAAUAUAUUAUGUUUAAACUAAUUUUUU